ACAACCAAAACUUUAUAUAACACAUUACAUAAUACAUAAACAGUCCCAUAAUUGGACACUAAAAGCGUACCAAAAUGCAUACUCUAACGACUCUUCUCAUCCUUCUUGUCCCUCUUCUUCUUUUUCUCUUCCGCCACCUCCUAUCACGGCGGCGGAGGCUUACAAAACCCUACCCUCCCGGCCCCAAAGGCUUACCCAUCAUUGGAAAUAUUCUCAUGAUGAACCACUUCAACCACCGCGGCCUGGCCAAGCUCAGCCGUAUAUACGGUGGGUUGCUCCACCUCCGCCUCGGGUUUUCCCACGUUUUCGUUGUUUCUUCUCCGGGCAUCGCACGUCAAGUCCUCCAAGUGCAAGACCAUGUUUUCUCAAACCGUCCCACCACAAUCGCAAUCCGUUACCUGACCUACGGGGGCUCCGAUCUUGCAUUCUGCAAUUACGGCCCGUUUUGGCGUCGGAUGAGAAAACUCUUCGUCAUGAUGCUCUUUAGCCGUAAACGGGCCGAGUCAUGGGUCUCUGUUGAUGAAGAGGUCCACAAAUCGGUCCGUUUUGUGGCGGUUAACGUUGGAAAACCGUUAAACGUAUGUAAACUAGCAUUUUCCCUAACAAGAGACAUAACGUUCCGAGCUGCGUUCGGCUCCUCCUCGUCCACUUCUGACGAAGAACGAUUAGACGAGUUCCUUGAGAUCAUACAAGAGUUCUCUAAGCUCUUUGGUGAGUUUAACGUAGCGGACUAUGUCCCUUCGUGGCUCAGUUGGAUUGAUCCGCAAGGGAUUAACAAGCGGGUCGAGAAAGCUCGAAAGUCUCUCGACUGUUUUAUUGAGUCCAUCAUCGACGAUCACUUGCUCAAGAAAACGAGAGAACGUAACGUUGAUGAUGAAGAGAACGAUAUGGUUGAUCAAUUACUUGCGUUUUACAAAGAAGAAAUCAAAGUCAACAACUCUCAGACCAACAUUAAACUCAAUAACAUCAAAGGCAUCAUCAUGGAUGUGAUGUUCGGAGGAACCGAGACGGUGGCAUUAGCAAUCGAGUGGGUUUUAACGGAGCUACUUCGGAGCCCCGAGAACAUGAAACGGGUCCAGGACGAGCUAGCGAGUGUGGUCGGGCUUGACCAGUGGCGCGUGGAGGACACGCACCUCGAGAAGCUCACCUUCUUAAAAUGUACACUCAAGGAAACCUUACGGCUACACCCACCGUUCCCUCUCCUCCUCCACGAGACGGUGAAGGACGCGGAGGUCACAGGUUACUUCAUCCCCAAGGGAUCGCGAGUGAUGGUCAAUACCUACGCUCUCGGGCGUGACCCGGGUUCUUGGUCCGACCCGGAAAUAUUUAACCCGGGUAGGUUUUUGGACCCUGACGCUCCGGACCUGAAGGGGAACAAUUUCGAAUUUAUUCCGUUCGGGUCGGGUCGGAGAUCUUGCCCGGGCAUGCAACUCGGGUUGUACGCGUUUGAGCUUGCGGUGGCUCAUCUUUUACACUGCUUCACGUGGAGUUUACCGGACGGUAUGAAAUCCGGUGACGUCGACACCGUUGAAGGGCCGGGUCUCACCGUUCCUAAGUCAACUCCUUUGGUGACGGUGCCGACUACGCGCCUCUUCUGCCCAAUCGUCUCUUGAAGACUGAAAAGCCUCCACCGAGUAACUCUGUAAGCUGUCAAUACUUAUUAUUAGUCUAAAAAUAAUAUAUAUUUGUAUGAAUAAAUAAUUAAAAAAUCUUUUUACUCUAA